AUGAGAGGAUUCAAUAUGGAAAAAUUCAACUUUGUUAGAGAUGGAAUGAUCAGAUUGCCUCCUGGUUUUCGUUUCCAACCAACUGAUGAAGAGCUUGUCUUUCAGUACCUUAAACGCAAAAUCCUUUCAUCUCCAUUGCCUGCUUCAGUCAUUCCUGAGGUCAAUGUCUGCAAGUAUGAUCCCUGGGAAUUGCCAGACGAGAUUGUUUUUGAUUCAGUUUCAUCUUCUUCAUCUUCGUAUUCGAGCUCUAGCAGUAUCACUGAGAUCUCUUCAAAUGAAGAAGAUCAUGAGCAAAGCAGUAGCCGCAAUUUCUUCUGA